GAGACAGAGAAAGAAAGAGAGAGAGAGAGAGAGAGAGGAGAGGGGAGAGAGGGACACCGAGAAGAGGACAACAGAGACACCGGGAGAAGAAAGAGAGCGAUGUCUGCUGACAAGGCACCUCUUUUUCAGUUACUUGCCGGCCCUCUCUAAGACAUCAUGGGCUGCAUUGGCUCUCGCACUAUCACGGCAGAAGCAAUUCCUGUUCGGAAAGAUGGAGAUCAGCAAGGACGGGCAGAGUUUUCUUGGGAAGGAAUCAAUCUGUCUAUGGAGGACACCACAUCUAUCUUGCCUCGUCUCAAAGGGAACUCCAACGCCUAUGGGAUUGGAGCUCUGGCUAAGUCCUCUCUGACAGGUGUGUCAGGUGUGACCAGAUCCAUGAAGGACAAAGUAACUAAACCCACAGCAAUGGCGCAAGGCCGUGUAGCACACAUGAUAGAGUGGCAGAGUUGGGGCAAACCAUCUGCUGGACCAAUAGGGGGUGCGGGAAUUUCCAAUCUGCACCGUGAGAGGGAAAGAAGACUUGAGAAUGAUGCCUACAGUGACCUAAGUGAUGGGGAGAAGGAGGCACGGAUGGCUGCUGGUGUGAUGCAGCAAUUUGCAAUCUCUGAGGCUACAUUAAUGGCCUGGAAUUCGAUGGAUGGGGAGAGCUUCUGUGUUGACUCCAACCAGGGCAGUGUGGCACACCUUAGUGAAGUUAAUCAGGAGAGCAUUACCAGCAGAGAUCAGCCUUUGCAUCAUUCAUCUGCAGAAGUGUGGCCUCACACCUAUGUCUCCCAGGGUCUGUAUUGCCUUUCAUCCUCUGAUGGCUGGGAGCCAAUCAACAACGAUCUAUCUGGUAUGGCUUCUCCUGCUGCUGGCUCCUACAUAGCGAGUGGGGCUUCGGGAGAAGGCUACGAUUGCGCCACCCACUAUCUGUCCCAGCAACAGCUUGCACUUCAGCAGCAAACUCAAUUUCAGCAGCUGCAGCAGAUGCAGCAGUACCAGCAGCAGCAACUCAUGCAGUACCAGCAACAGUCACUGGAACAUCGGCUACACAGCACUUCUCAUUCUUUGCAAGCUACUCCCAAUAGCACCAUUCACAGUUUGGGUCCACCCACUCAUCCCCGACUAGCAGAUUUGUGGGCCGCAGCACAAGUAGAGCCACAUCAGAUGGAAAUAAUGGGACACAUGAACAUGGCCUUGGCAGAAAUGGGCAUGUCGGAAUCAUAUGGCGAGGAAUUGGUUGCCGAAAAUGAAUGCAUCCCUGAGCAGCAAGAGGAGGAGGAAGCCAAGGAGGAUGACAUCACAAUAACACUGGAACCUGAGGCAAUGCCUAUUACGCCGGUUAUAACCUCACAGCCUCACAGAGAGGGUGCGAUGCCUGGGGGUGUGAGCCCACCCAUGCCCCAUGCAGAGCCAAUGCCUGAGCACAUGGCCUUUGAGGUCACAUCCUGCAUCAUCCAAUCCUUGGAAGAGAAAGAAGAGGACGCGGAGGAAGGUGCUGUGGUUGUUGUGGCGACCAAUUAGCAGCUCUUUUUUUUUUUUUUUUUUUUUUCAGGAGGAUCAUU